AUGGGCCCCGGCCCCCGAACCUCCAACCCCUUUGCGCGACAGGGCGCCCUCGAGAACUCCAUGUCCAUGCACCGUGGCCAGCCGAGCCGACCUCUCCAGCCUCUCCAGCUCCGUGAGACCAUGAACCGGUCAAGGUCGGACCUCAACUCUCCUCUCCGCUCCAGCAUGUCCUGGAAGGGCGACGCGAUCGACUACAGCACAUAUCACCAUGGAGCCGGCGGAAGCCCUCAGCUGAGUGGAAGACAGCAGUCGGUCUACCAGCCAGAGCAGAUGAGCGGCCCCUCGAGCAGCGGCCUCCCCUACGAGUCAAGCUCUUACUCCAGCAACAACUCACCUCCCGGCAUGAACUACUCGAGCUUCCCCGGCGGCCCGCCAAACCGCCUUCGCGCCCGCGCCUCGUCAGGCACUCUCGGCCUCGACCUCCGCAACCAGUACCGCUCCGUCGGCUCCGUCCCGCCCCCAGGCCACUCUCCGGCCCCUCGCGCCACCUCGGCCCAGUUCGCCUACACCUCCAGCCUGCCCUCGGCUCCCCUCACCGCGCCCGUCGACUUCUCCCUGCCCCGCACGCCCGGCGCCCGACCCGGCGGCGUCCAGGACUACUCGAUGCCGCAGAUGAGCGCGCCCAUCGCCGCGCCCAACGACUUCUCGCAGGCCUUCCACGCCAGCAUGAACACCUCCAGCUCCAGGACGCCCAUGCGCGACACCUUUGGCGGCGGCGGCCCGAUGCCGCCUCAGCACCCCCCUCACGGCGCCCACAAUGGCGAGUACGCCCACCAGCAGCAGCAGCAACAUCACCAGGAACAACAGCGAGGAGGAGACGAGUACGGACACGAGUUCGGCGCGCUGAAGAGGAAGAGAAGCUUCUCGAGCGGAGCACCGGCCGGCCCUGGACCCGCACCCGGACCUCAGGCAUACGGAAGCACAGCAUAA